UGCCCUCUGCUGUCUCAAAAAAUUUUGCUUUAAUCACGUGAUUCCAGUAACGUUAUAAGGUUUCUUAUCAAGGCUUGUUCCUAUGAAGGUCUGUCAUCUGUGGAAUAAUCAGAGCGAUAUACUGUCUGACCAAAGGUUGUGUAUUGGAGAUUACGACCAAACUGAUUUGAGAGUGUGCUGUCAGCAGAAAGAAGCGCUGGUCAUGUGCUGAGCUGACAUCUGAUCCACUUCUACAUUUCUGAGGCAGAAUCAUGAAGAGAAGACUUCUGCUGGUAUCUAACUCCACUCUUCAUGGAGGAGGAUAUCUUCAACACUGUCAGCAGCAGAUCCAAGACUUUUUUGGAAAGAAUGUAAAGAGGAUCCUGUUUGUCCCAUAUGCACUGCAUGAUCGAGAUGCCUAUAGCAAGACUGCCAGAGACAAGUUCAAGACAUUGGGCUAUGAGGUGGACAGUGUCCACGAGACACCAGACCCUGUGGAUGCUGUUAGGAAAGCUGAAGGAAUAUUCAUUGGUGGCGGUAAUACAUUCCGCCUGCUGAAAUCUCUCUAUGACUACAAGCUGGUAACUGAGAUUAGAAAGAGAGUUUUAGAGGAUGGGAUACCUUACAUGGGAUCAAGUGCAGGUACCAAUGUCUCCACCAUCAGCAUCAACACCACCAAUGACAUGCCCAUUGUCUAUCCACCCACAUUUGCUGCCAUUGGUUUAGUGCCCUUCAACAUUAACCCUCACUAUCUGGAUGCUGAUCCCAACAGCAAGCAUAUGGGGGAAACACGUGAACAGAGAAUUGUCCAAUACCACGAGGAGCCCGACACACCAUGUGUGCUGGGUCUUCGGGAAGGCUCAAUGCUCUUAGUGGAGGGAAGCAAAGCCACCUUAUUAGGGAGCACCAAAGCACGACUGUUCCAGAGGGGGAAGCAUACUACGGAGUAUGAACCGGACAGUGAUCUCAGCUUCUUACUGACAGAUGCACAGUGAGCUGCUACAUUGUGCAAUGCAAACAUUUUUACAAUAAAUGAUAAAA